CUUCAAUAUGGUUGAUAACUGUUGUGUGUAUGCAUACAAAUCUAUGCAGACUACGUUUAUUAUUAACUAGAUUUAGUAUUGUCUAUAAAUCUAUAUCUAGUACGUGCAUUUAGAUUAGGGUACUAGAUAUCUUACUAGGGUUAGAACUCUCUCUAAAUAUUUUCAAAUAUAAAAUCAAUCAGUUAAUCCAACUUUCAAGUGUCGAACUGUGGAACAUAGCAAAUCAGUGAGUUGAAUUUGUCUAGAACUAAAGUGAUCCAGUGAUUUCUGAUUUCAGAAUAAUGAUAGAUUGAUGCCAUGUUAAAUCUUAGAAACAAUUAGAAACCAUGAAUCCAGAGAUGAACACAGGAACCAAAGAAAGGCCACAUUCUAUCUUGACUAGAAAAAGCAGCACCCAGAAAAUGGUUUUGAAGGAAAAAGUAGUGCAGAUAUAUGAAGCAUUCUUUCAUGGUGAAGACCCAUCAAGUUCUAAUUCAAAUUUUUGGGAUGAACUUUUUCUCUUGAAAGUGAAUACCCAGUUUAUAGAAAGCGAAAUAGAUAAACUCAAUGGAGAGACACUGCUAGAGCUGAAGGAAAACUUGAAUCUACUGUUUUACAAAGCCACUCAGGCACUUAAGGAGGAGAGCAACAUCAGAAAAAUUAAUGCCUUGCAUACGCUCUGUGCGUUAGUGCGUGGCAUCUUUAGAAAAAAUCAUGGUAAUUAUGGAUUUGAUGUGAUAAAUAUUCUUGUGGGUUUUGAUUCUGCAGAAUCCACCCUUCAGUCUUUAAUUGACAGCAUCAAUUCCUUCUUGACUGGAGAGUUCCCUAUAAGCUUGAAACAGUUAUCUUUGAAGUUUAUGCUUGUUCUAGUAACAGCAACAGAUAAUAUCAGUCAGAAUACAAUGCUAGAAUAUGUUUUGAUCAAUAGUGUCUUUGAGUCACUUGUACAGAUCCUUGCCAACCGCAAUCAAAGGCCACUUCUGGGUCAGGAUGCUGUGCUUUUGCUGACUUUACUUGUACAGUACAGAAAGUAUGAAGCAGCCAAUCCCUACAUUGUUAAGCUGUCUAUACUAGAUGACGAACUGGCCCUUACAGGCUAUGCUCAGAUUGUUUCUCAGCUGUUGUCAGAGUUUAACAGGGAUUAUGUGAAUCAAAGUGAAGAACCUUCAUCUGGUUGGUUUUCAGCACUUGCUAGCAUGGUUGGCAGCAUGUUUGUUGGUGAGGAAAAGAAAAUGGAGCUGAUGAGAGCUAACGACUCGCUGCUUCUUGCUUUGUAUGAAGCCGUACACUUGAACCGUAAUUUUAUCACAGCUUUGACACAUUCACACACUCCAUCUUCAGCGACCACACCACCAUUAUCACCAGUGAUAACAAACCCUCCUCCUCUUUCUGAUGGCUCCCCGUUACCCAGCCCAACUCAAGACAGACCAGCCAGCCCGCAGACUUUCCCUCCUGCUAAUGUUAUACAGCCUACCAACCUCCUGGUAACAUUCCUCCAGUACAGUUCUAUAGUCACACAAGAAACUAAAGAUCUUACACGCUACAACAAUGCCAAAUUAUGUCUCAUUAUUUUGACAUGUAUUGCUGAGGAUCAGUAUGCUAACUCAAUCAUGCAUGACGCUAACAUGACAUUUCGAGUGCUUCUUCAUAAAAUGCCGAUGAGACACAGGAAAGGUACGACAGAACUGAAUCCUCCAUCUCGUCCUUUGAUUUGUUCUUUACUGGAUUUAAUGGUUGAGUUUAUUUUGAGUCAUUUAAUGAAGACUUUUCCUAUGGAACUUUAUAUACGCAGCUUGGGAAUCAUCCAUAGAGUUUUGUGCUAUCAAAAAAAGCUUCGAGUCAGAAUCCAGUAUCCGUGGAAAGCUUUAUGGACAGCCCUGAUACUUUUACUGAAGUUUCUGCUUAACAAUGAAAAUAACCUGGUCAAGAAGCACAACAUAUUUCAGUUGGCGACAAAGGUAGUGACCAUCUUUAACUUGUUUGUGACCUACGGAGAUACUUUCCUUCCAAAUCCUACUAGUUAUGAUGAACUGUACUAUGAGAUUAUUCGAAUGCAUCAAAUCUUUGACAAUGUGUAUUCCAUGGCAUUAAGGUACACAACUACAGACAGUGAGUAUAAAGAUUCAGCAGCUAAACUGACCAGUCACUUGGUCAACAUCAGAGCUAUCAUCAACCAUUUCUCUCCUAAAGUGGAUGCUUGGGCAGCUGCUAAUCAUUUGUCUUCGUUAACUGAAGAACAGGUACUGGAAGUGGUUCGAGGUAAUUACGACACCUUGACCUUGAAGUUGCAGGACAGCUUGGAUCAGUUUGAAAGGUACAGCGAGAAACCCAGAGAGAUGGCAUUCUUCACCAACCAGGUCAGGACAAUCAUCUGUGAUGUCAGGAAGUCAGUGAGUAAUCUAACUACUCACCAGCACGAUGCCCUGCAGGAGUUGUCCUUAGUGCCCUAACGCCUCCUCUUCACCCCCCCCCUCCUCUCCCACACUGUUACACUGUAACGAAGCCCUAUUCCUGUUGCCAUGAGUCCUACAACUAUUUCGUUGAUGUCUACAAUUGUAUCAUCUAUUUUUUUGUUUUACAAUCGAUGUCGUUGUUAUGAAUGUGACAGGCAUUGGCCGCAAGUGAAGGUUUCAGCCUUACAUUUAAAUGUAUGUCUCAACUCUUGUUUAAAACUACAGAGUUCAAUGUUCAUAUUCUUGAUACCAGCUCAAUAUUUCACAUGGAAACUUUUGAACAACGCUUUUGGAUUCUCUUUGCUGUGAGACCAGGGGAGGCCUAGGGCAUCAGAACAUUGUCUAGCAGGAAGAAUAAGAAAUUUCUCUUCGUUCUGCCGUGGAAGAUACACCACUGUGCAGUGGGACCCAGUUAAUUCCAUAGCUGCCAGAGCCAACUCUGCUUAUUAGUGGAUCAACUAGGCUUCGUGGCUAAGUGGGACCUUAGUUUUAAUAAUAAUGGGUUAGGUGGAUUCAAUUUACUGUGCAAUAUGCAAUUAAGUGGGUUUCAGUGUAUGACAAUGUUUUUUUUUUGUAUGUCCUUUUUUGUGUGUGUGUAUGUCCGCUAAGUUAAUGGAGAAUGUGUUUGUUCACAUUGUACCUUAGUUAAAUGCUGCAAUAGUUUGAAAAUCAUUUGCAAUCAUUUGGUUCUGUGAUGUUAUAAUUUAAAUUCUUUUUUUUCUCCCCAAUGAAUUGUUUGAUUGAUGAUGUAGUUGAUGUGUCUGUGUGCAAUAGCAGUCACGUGUUACUCCUGAAACAUGCUCUCACCUGUUCUCUUCUUAUUUUCUUAAAUAUCUUCUUAUGUUUAGUCUUAUAUCAGAUUAUUGGCUGUAUUGAUAUUGUUCAUUAGAUGAUAUUCUCUCUGUUAUAAAUAUCAGCUCGUGGUCUGUUUGAUUCGGAAGAACAUGGGAUUCUAAAGUUCGAUUCGGUUUUUUUGAUGUUGAGUUGAAUGUAUCCUGGGGGGCUGUUGCUUGAGAGGUUGCCUGCGAAGCCUUGAACUUCACAGGACAGUCAAUAGUUGAUGUGGCCAAAGCAUGAAAGGAACUAGUGUGCCCUGGACUCAACUCAGCUGAGGACGAUGUGGACUUAUGUUUGGUUCUUAAAUUUUGUUUCACUACAAUUUGAUGCAGGCUCCUAUAAUUUUAACUCAUUCUCUCUGACGAUACCAACGUUGAUUCCACCAGAAUGUGGUACAUAAUUACGGAGAGAAAGAGUUAACUCGAUAGAUGCCUUUUCAUCACAUCAGCCACAAGUCAUUGAAAGCAGUAAAUACAAACUUUGGAUGUGGCUCACAUUUUUGUUCUCUCAAGUGUACCACUGUGUUGUCAACUUACUAAUUUCUUGACUUUGGCGCAGCGCCCGCCCCUAGGGCCCAGCUAGACCAUCUAGUCUUGAACUGUACCUCUGCUCUGAGCGAAAAUGAACAUGAUGUCCACCUUAAAGUCAAAAACAGUUUUUAACGUUUUCAUGUUUCCGAUACAUUCAUUCUUUUAAGAUCACUUAGAUGUGUACAUAUAGCUCUAGUGUCUGUCUGACAGGUUUAGCGUUUAGUUUUAAAUAUGGUCACAUUAACAUUCUUGCUUUUAAAAUUGACCUUGUAUGUUCCAUGAUCAGUUUUAUUACAACUGUGGGUUAGCGGAGACAGUCAACUGUCUUUAAGGAAACAAAUUCUACUUUUGUUGGUUCGCUGUGGGCAAUGAAUCAAACGCUAAAUGUUGUCUAUUGCAUUGACUUGAUUUACUUAAAACUUGUUUGAACAUUAAAAGCGUCCAAAAUAAAAAACAAAA